AUGAUGAAUUUUGCUACAUCCGUGUGUAGAAGAUUGAAACUCAGUGAGCUGGUUACAAAUGUUCCUGUCUACAGCACUGCUAGUGAUGUAUCUGGAGGUGGUUUGAGCUUGAUAUUCAGGCGUUGGGCUACCAAAAAGACAGCAGGAUCCACGAAGAAUGGCCGAGACUCGAAACCAAAGAACCUUGGAGUGAAGAAGUUUGGUGGAGAGAGAGUGAUACCAGGGAACAUUAUUGUCCGUCAAAGGGGAACCCGUUUUCAUCCAGGAGAUUAUGUUGGAAUGGGGAAGGAUCACACCCUAUUUGCUUUGAAAGAAGGGAAUGUCAAGUUUGAAUGGGACAAGCUGAGUGGACGCAAGUGGGUGCACAUUAUCCCCAUGGCUGGGCAUAUUCUUCACCCUGUUUACUCGAAUGCUAAAGCUCCAAAGCUGGAAGCAGCUGGUUAA